AUGCAAAAGUUGUUGAUUGUUGCUUUGGGCCUCGUGGCUGCAGUUAGUGGAGGAGUUAUUGGUGGUGGUAGCGGAUCAGGAGCAUGGCUCGGUGGUGGUUCAGGAUCCGGAAGAGGUUGGUCGUCCGGUGGUAUUGGUGGUGGAGGUGGAUGGAAUGCCGUUGGCUCUGGAUCUGGAUGGUCUUCUGGAGGUAGCAGUGCUGGGUGGACCGGAUCUGCUCCACUGGUAAGCAGUGGAAUUGGAAGUGGAUGGCAAACUGGAGCAAGUGCUUGGCCAUCUAGUUCAUCUGUAAGCAGUGGAUGGAAGAGUGGUGGAGGAUCACUUGGUUUUGGAGGUGCUGGUCAUGGAUCAGGAUGGCAAGGAGGCAUCGGAGGACUGGGUGGUGGAACCGCAUGGCCAAGUACCUCCGGUGGAAGUGUCUGGAAGAGUGGAGGGGGAUCUACAGGUUGGCCAUCAGCUGGACUCAGCAGUGGUGGUCAUGGUAGUGGUGGUCUUGGAGGUGGCAGUGGAUGGCCAAGUGUAUCUGGUGGAAACGGUUGGACUAGUGGGGCUUCUGGCUCUACUGGUGGCUGGCAGCAAGGUGGGCAAGGUGCUGGAUGGUGGUAG